UUUGACAUGUGUGUUUACAAAGGGUACUAUUGCAUACGUGGACUAUAGAAAUAAAAUAAUAUUUGAAGAAAUUUAUACAAAUAAUUGUAGUCAUUUAAAAUAAAAAAAUUUUGAAAAUGACAGAAAAUAAUUUUACAUUACCACCGGCUCCAAAUGAUUUAUGUUUUACAACAGAAGAUUUUAUUGCGUUGGAUUUUGAUGUUGACAAUUUUUUACAUGAACACAGAAAAAAUGCAAGUUUAGAAACAAUGAGAGAUGAUCUUGGAGUUUACUUGAAAAUACUGAGAUCAGCGAUGAUUGAACUUAUAAAUAAAGAUUAUGCUGACUUUGUUAAUCUAUCUAAGGAUUUAAUUGGUCUUGAUAAAGUUAUAGAUCACUUACGAGCACCUCUUGGUCAAUUACGUGAAGAAGUUAUGCAAAUAUGUCAAACAUUAGAUACGGCUACGAAGGAUAUGGAAAAUGGAUUACAGGAACAUCAACGGAUACGUGAUUUAAAACAAUCAAUGCAUAGCCUAGGACGCGUUUAUAAAUCAGUUUCAAAAUUAAAAUUAAUACUAGAAUCCCACAUAAUUAAAUUGGAUAUUUUAGAACGUGCUGCUACUGAAUAUAAUCAAUUAAGAUUUCAUAUGACAAGAUGUAAAGAAUAUAUAUCGGAAGAUUUAAAUAAUAAUUUUUUGGAAUUAGAAAAACAGUUAAUGAACAGUCUUGAUUCACAAUUAUUGUCUUGUAUUAAAAAUAAUGAUAAAAAUACUGAUAAUCUUAUUUGUUGUCUCAGAAUUUACGUAACUAUUGAUAAAAUUGAUGAGGCAGAAAAUUUAGUGAGAAAAAAAAUAGUAUCAGUAUUAAUAGAAGAUAUUAUUUUAGAAAAAAAUAUAAACAAUGAAUUCCUUGGUCUUCAAGAUCUUUACAAAAAAUUAUUGAAUAUAUUGGAUGUAGAAUUAAAAAAAUUAUUGGAAGUUACUUCGCAUUCUGACGUAACAACAGGACGUAAUUUUAAUUUUCUUGUUAAUAGUUUUUGGCCAGAAGUUGAAGAAAAAAUAGAAUUACGUUUAAAACAAAUUUUUGCACCUGGUAAUCCUGAUUUGUUUUAUAAACGCUACACAGAAUCAUUAGAAUUUGUUACUAAGCUGCAAGCUAAAUGUAAAAAUGACGAUAAUCUUGCUCAAUUAAAGUCUCAUCCACUUUUUAUACAAUUUCUUAAGAAAUGGAAUUUACCAGUUUACUUUCAAAUUCGCUUCCAAGAGAUUGCUGGAUCAGUCGAACAAAUUUUAUGUCAUCCUGUAUCACCUGGAUCAAUUAAAAUAAAUGUUACUAAUUUAUAUCCUACUGACACUGAUAAAUUUUCUCUUUAUGUAAGUGAAACAACAUGGGAAUGUCUAAUGAAAACUUGGUCCGAUGGAAUAUUUCUUCCCCAAUUACUUCAUCAGUUUUGGAAACUAAAUCUUCAAAUAUUUUCACGUUAUCGAACAUGGAUAACUGAUGCAUUGAAACAAUCUUGGAAUACCGGAACAAGAUCAGCAGCAAUAAAUAGUAAUAUUAUUGAACCAGAGCCGCCAAAUCGAUUGGAAUUUCUCGUCUGUCUUUAUACUGAUUUGGAAAAAAUAAUUAAAAAAUUGUCAAUUAUUUUAGAAGUUGCGCUAAUGAAACUAAUCAAUAUUACACCAACGAUUGCCAACUUGUUAAAUGAAUCUUUAGAUGAUAUGAAAUCAAAUUUGAUGUCAGAUUUACCAAAAAUAACUCACGAAAUAGUUCAAGAAUUAUUAACAAAAAGUUCACCAAAUUUAAAACAAGUUAGUGAUAUUCCAAGACUUUUUAGACGAACAAUGAGAGAACGACCAACUCAACCUUGUGCUUAUAUAAAAAAUGCUCUUGGUAUACUGAUUGAAUUUCAUUCAACUUAUCAAAAUAUUGUUCCUCACGCUGUUAUUCACUGGCUUAAAUUAACGUUGUCUUCAUUAAGUGAACAAUAUUAUUCGUCAGUUAAAGAUGUCCUUGAAUCAGUUCAAAAGACGGAAGAAAGUCUUAGAAGGCUAAAAAAAAUUCGUGACAAAUCAUCUGGAACGUCUUCAUCAGAAAUUCAAGGCAUUAGUGAUGAUGAUAAAAUUAGAAUACAGUUAGAAAUAGAUGUUUUAAAUUUUGCUGAUACUGUCAAGACACUUAAUAUUGAUAGAUCCGAUAUUCCGCAUUUAGAUAAAUUGACAGAAGUUGUUGACUCUGCUGUCAAAUAUAAAAAUGAAUUAAAAUGAUAAUAAAAAGUAAUUAAUUAAGCAAAAUAGAUUGUAUAUAUUGUUAAAUUUUUUUAUAUAUUAAUUAAAUAAAUAGGAGAUUGAGUGAACAA